AGUGUUGCGGAAUCACGAACUAGCGGAGAAGCGGAGGAGAAGGGGAGCUUCUCUCUUCCUUUUGCUGGCAUCGCAUUCGGUGAGUUGGGGUAUUAAAGUAACGGUCCCUAGCGUGGCCUACACAAGGUCCCUCUUUUAGCUGUGUAAUUGAGAUGAGAGGACUGCGAGCAGCAGAGUAGUUCGUUCUCACACUCUCUCUCAUUAGCCCCCCCCCCCCCCCCCCCCCCGGGCUGUUUCCAUGUGUUGAGACUUUGAGUUCUCGGGUUAAUCGUGCUUUGCAUUGCUCGCCGGCUUCUGCAGUUUGUGUUUGUGUUUUUUUGAAGUUCCCCCUUUAGGUAGGAUGAGUGGGGUGAACGGUGAGAAAGUGCCCUACGGGGGUUCGAAGUUUGGCGACAAGGAUAGCAACAUGGAGGCGCUGCAGGCGCUCAACAAUGAGACUGUGGACCUGGAGCAUAUUCCGGUGGAAGAAGUUUUCGAGCAAUUGAGGUGUACCAAGCAAGGACUGACCGACGCUGAGGGAGAGCAGCGUAUCAAGAUAUGUGGACCCAACAAGCUCGAAGAGAAAUCGGAGAGCAAAAUUCUCAAGUUCUUGGGGUUCAUGUGGAACCCACUAUCAUGGGUCAUGGAAGCUGCUGCGAUCAUGGCCAUUGCCCUAUCAAACGGAGGGGGACGACCGCCGGAUUGGCAAAACUUCUUGGGAAUCAUUGUGUUGUUGAUCAUCAAUUCAACCAUCAGUUUCAUUGAAGAAAACAAUGCUGGUCAAGCAGCUGCUUCUCUUAUGGCAAGACUCGCUCCUAAAACAAAGGUGUUGCGUGAUGGCGUAUGGGCUGAACGUGAUGCUGAGAUUCUCGUUCCUGGUGAUAUUAUCAGCAUUAAGCUCGGUGACAUCGUCCCUGCCGAUGCCCGUCUACUCGAAGGUGAUCCGUUGAAGAUAGAUCAGUCUGCUCUGACUGGAGAGUCACUUCCUGCCACCAAGAAGUCAGGAGACGAAGUAUUUUCAGGAUCUACCUGCAAACAAGGAGAGAUUGAGGCUGUUGUUAUUGCUACCGGUGUGCACACCUUCUUUGGCAAGGCUGCGCACUUGGUGGACUCUACCAAUAACGUGGGUCAUUUCCAGAAGGUGUUGACAGCCAUCGGGAAUUUCUGUAUCGUUUCCAUCGCCAUUGGAAUCGUUAUUGAGAUCAUCGUCAUGUGGCCUAUCCAGAGGCGUUCCUACAGGGAUGGCAUUGACAACCUCUUGGUGUUGCUCAUUGGAGGCAUUCCUAUUGCGAUGCCUACCGUGCUUUCCGUGACAAUGGCUAUCGGUUCUCACCGUCUUUCGCAACAGGGUGCCAUUACGAAACGUAUGACCGCUAUCGAGGAGAUGGCCGGCAUGGAUGUGCUUUGCAGUGACAAGACAGGAACUCUUACCCUGAACAAAUUAACUGUAGACAAAAAUCUGAUAGAGAUUUUUGCAAAAGGUGUGGAUAAGGACAUGGUCUGUUUAAUGUCCGCCCGAGCUUCUAGAGUCGAGAAUCAAGAUGCCAUUGAUGCAUGCAUAGUUGGAGUGUUGGCUGAUCCUAAAGAGGCACGUGCUGGCAUUCAAGAAAUUCAUUUCCUUCCUUUUAACCCCGUGGACAAGCGCACUGCUAUCACUUACAUUGACAAUAGUGAUGGUAAGUGGUACCGGUCCAGUAAGGGAGCUCCUGAGCAGAUUCUGGAAUUGGCAUACAACAAGGCAGAGAUUGGCGCUCGGGUGCACUCAGUUAUUGACAAGUUCGCCGAGCGUGGACUACGUUCUUUGGCUGUGGCCAGGCAGGAAGUUCCUGAAUGCAACAAGGAAAGUUCUGGCGGACCUUGGGAGUUUCUUGGUUUGUUGCCUCUCUUCGACCCACCCCGACAUGACAGUGCUGAGACCAUCCGUAGGGCUCUCAAUUUGGGGGUCAGUGUCAAGAUGAUUACAGGUGAUCAGUUGGCCAUUGGAAAGGAGACGGGCCGACGGCUAGGCAUGGGAACAAACAUGUACCCUUCGUCCUCCCUGCUAGGUGCACACAAAGAUGAAGCGAUUGCUGCUUUACCUGUGGACGAAUUAAUUGAGAAGGCAGACGGAUUUGCAGGGGUAUUCCCAGAGCACAAGUAUGAAAUUGUCAAGAGGUUGCAGGACAAGAAGCACAUCGUUGGUAUGACUGGAGAUGGUGUGAACGACGCUCCCGCUUUGAAGAAGGCAGAUAUCGGUAUUGCUGUUGCAGAUGCCACGGAUGCUGCUCGGAGUGCCUCUGAUAUUGUGCUGACAGAACCAGGGCUUAGCGUCAUUAUUAGUGCCGUGUUGACCAGUCGAGCUAUUUUCCAGCGUAUGAAGAACUACACGAUUUACGCCGUGUCUAUUACUAUCCGUAUAGUGCUUGGAUUCUUGCUGUUGGCUUUGAUCUGGAAGUUCGACUUCUCGCCGUUCAUGGUUCUUAUUAUUGCCAUUCUCAAUGACGGUACUAUUAUGACCAUUGCGAAGGACCGUGUGAAGCCAUCUCCCCUGCCAGAUAGCUGGAGGCUGAGGGAGAUUUUUGCUACCGGAGUUGUGCUCGGUACCUACAUGGCGUUGAUGACGGUUCUGUUCUUCUGGCUCAUUCACGAAACCAGAUUUUUCCCGGAUCGCUUCGGAGUGAGAGAUAUAAGUUACAGCAACAGUCAGAUGACAGCAGCCAUUUACCUGCAAGUCAGUAUUAUCAGUCAGGCUCUGAUCUUCGUAACUCGUUCCCGGAGCUGGUCAUUCGUUGAGAGGCCAGGAGCGCUGCUGAUGUUUGCCUUUUUGGCUGCUCAGUUGAUUGCAACGUUCAUUGCCGUAUAUGCGAACUGGGGAUUCGCCCGCAUUAGAGGUUGUGGUUGGGGCUGGGCCGGAGUUAUCUGGUUGUACAGCAUUGUCACUUACCUUCCUCUGGAUAUUUUGAAGUUCGCUGUUAGAUACAUUCAAAGUGGAAAGGCCUGGGACAAUUUGAUUAAUCGCAAGACUGCUUUCACAACCCAGAAGGACUUCGGAAAGGAGGCACGUGAAGCUCAGUGGGCCCUUGCCCAGCGAACAUUGCAUGGACUCCACCCUCCCGAAUCCAAGGAUGAUGAGGCCACCACCUCUGGCGGGAACAAGGAGCUUGGAUUCAUGGCAGAGCAGGCGAAGAGGAGAGCCGAAAUUGCAAGGCUAAGGGAGUUGAAUACUUUGAAGGGACACGUAGAAUCGGUGGUUCGUCUGAAGAAUCUAGACGUGGAGAUGAUCCAACAGUCGUAUACAGUGUAGGGGACAUGAUAGACCGUACUGACAGUGUCUUACUCUAGCAGACAACUUUGCUGGCAAUUCUUUCAGAAACAGUUACGAUUGUUGCAAGAAACUCUACGGUUUGAAGGCACAACGGAUGAUAAUAACCGUGUCUUAUUGAGUAGGAUUAUAUCAAGUGACUGUAGUGUGACUAGGUGGAAUGUGAGGAGCAUAGCCAGACAAAGACGUACUCAGAUAGUGUCUUGAACAUUCGGUAGUACCUCGAUUUUGAGACCACUCUCACGUAGCACGUGCUGUUGAGGAAUAGUCGGUAGUCCUCGAGUUGUUUUGUUGGGGCUUUGCAACAGGUAAUGCACGCAGUCGCUCCAUCGACGGCCCCCACUUCCAACCUGUUGUUGCACAAAUAGACUGCAAUGAGAAUGGAUUCAUAUGUUGCUGCAAUUGGAAUUAUUAUUUUUAUUCUUUUAAA